CAUUCUAACAUUUACCACGUUCGAAAAUCUUUGAAAUCUCAGGCAAAGGGCGCUUCUCUCAAAAUUUUCUCCCAAUUCUCCCAAACGCGUCAACUCGUCCGAUCCCUUACUCAGUGACUCAGUCCCUUUUCAGCUAAAUUCCACCCCAUGCUUGCUCUUCUCUUGCGCUCACCCGAAACACCUUCGCUUGAACUCUCCUAGGUUUUUCUGAUUUAGCUGCUGUUACUGCUGCUGCGAAUUUAUGCUCUUCACUUUGUCACCACCUCUGUUCUCUCUCUUCAAAGCUUCGAUUCUCAACCUCUUAAAUUCCAAAGGGGUUUGGUCAAUUCGGUAUAUUUAGCGUGAAUGAAGCCUUGUCCUGUAAAUUUGAAGGUUUGGAUUCUGGAAAUGGCGUGGUAGUAGCUCUGGUGUGAUUAGGGCUUUCGUGUUUUCUGCGAAUCCGGGGUUUUUUUUUUUCUCAACUCGAGCAAUUCAGGGUUGGAAUACAAUUGGAAAUCUGGGUUUUUGAAGUAAAAUUCGGAGGAAUUGGUUAUCUUUUAUAAUCUAGGGUUUGCGGUCUAAAAUAUGUAAAUUGAUGGAUUUAGAGGUUUUUUGUUUGCUUUUGGCGUCCUGGACGGUGAACAACAUGGUUUAGAAGCUAAAUUGCCGCUGGGCUUUGUUGUAUGUUGUGGAAGUUGGGUUUUUGAUUUUGGUUUGAAGUGUAAAUUUUGGGUUUUUGAAGCUGAAUUUUAAAAAAUUUGAUUGCAUGAAAUCUAGGGCUUCAGUGGCGAAGUGAGGUGAAGAUAUUAUAGGAAAUGUUUUAUUCUCAGUUUAUAUUGGCCAAGAAAGGGCCACUAGGGACGAUAUGGAUAGCAGCGCAUUUGGAGCGGAAGCUACGGAAGAAUCAGGUUGCCGAUACAGAUAUUGGUGUCUCCGUAGAUUCAAUUCUUUUUCCCGACGUCCCAAUUGCGCUCCGGUUGUCCAGCCAUCUACUGCUUGGUGUGGUGAGAAUAUAUUCUAGAAAGGUUAAUUAUCUGUUCGAUGAUUGCAGUGAGGCUUUGCUUAAGAUAAAGCAAGCUUUUCGCUCCACUGCUGUUGAUUUACCACCUGAAGAGUCUACUGCACCAUACCAUUCUAUCACGUUGCCGGAGACUUUUGAUCUUGAUGAUUUUGAGUUGCCAGAUAAUGAAAAUUUUCAGGGUAAUUAUGUUGAUCAUCACGUGAGUACAAAGGAGCAGAUUACACUCCAAGAUACCAUGGAGGGUGUGAUCUACUCGACAUCACAGUUUGGAUUGGAUGAGAGGUUUGGUGAUGGUGACACUUCCCAGAUUGGGUUAGACCUUGAUGAGGAGCUGCUCUUAAGCAAUGUUGUAGCUCCAAGACAUGAUGGAGGUUCAGACACAUCAAGCAUAGAGGGGCCAUCCUCCAAACUUCUGAGUUUGUGGCCACGACAGGGAGCACUCAGACCAAAAGGUGUAAAAAAUUGCAACCCUGGUGAUCAGCACAUGUCCAUCCAAUCAGUGACACUUAUGUCAAAGGAUGUGAGUCAUGAGGGGAUAACUGAAGCUUCAGAAGUCAUGCCAGUGAAUGGAAGUGGAAAUCAGGUUGUAGGUCUAGCCACUGAUACUGAAAUGCUUGAGUAUGCUCAGGCUCCAUCCACUCCUGGAUUAUUGGAAGAGCCAGACUUGUCCAAUGUUCAGGAGGCUUUGGCCUGUGAUGAUCAUAUGGAGUCAGAAGAUCGCAAUUUAACAGGAUUAGUUGCAGGGGCGAGCACCGUAAAUGCUGGCCAGAGGUUAGAUCAUCAUCCUGGGGAUAAUAAUACGGCGAAUUUGUCUUCAUGCAAUGAAUUUAAUCCUAAUACUGUUGAGGAGAAUGGAAGCAUUCGGGGUGACCUGGAGAUCAAACAUGUUAAGCAACAGGGAUUUGUGCCACCCACCCUAUCGAGUAUGGAGUGCACGGCUGAAGAUAAUUGCCUAUCAAAUUCUUUACCAUCUUCGAAUCCUGCCGAUCAAUCUAAACCCAUUUGUCCGGUAUCAGAAUGUUCAGAUGGGGCCAUUGGUAUGUUGAAUGGUCUGGACAGGGCUGAAGAUAUCCACAAUGGAGUUGUUAUAGACAAUGAACCUAGUACACCCUUUGUCCAUCAAACAGAUCUGAAAUCUACCGGCGCUAGGUUGGAUGAAACCGUUGCAUCUCCUGGUUGCUCUCAUGUCACCUGUGAUUUUGAGGAUCCUGUUCGUAGAACUUUUUCAAGUAGCACUGGUGCGUUAGAGUCAAAGGGCUAUCUAGAGGAUGAUCAAGCAUCCUCGAGACCUGAAAUUCUCAAUGAUGUUGAAAUUGAUAAUGACGUGGGUGUGUUGUGCUCCCAUAACAAAGCAUCAGUUCCAAAUGCUGUCUGUACAUUGGAAUCACCGGAGCAUCCUGAGGUUGUAAAUGUUGAAGCUCGUGCUUGUCAAGAACCAAAAGAGAAUGAGACUUAUAAUCCUGUUGCUCACAAAGUUACACUGUCAAAUCAAUCCCACGUGCUUCAGGCAUGCAAUUCCCGUCUAAGCGAACCUAACAUGUCAUCUCUCGGAGGUGACGAGCGCCUUCCAAAUGAUGUUACUGAUGUGGGGUUAAAACAAAAUCAAAUUUCAGAGCCUACUUCACAUGGAGAAAUUCAGGCAGGUUCCAGGAUGUUAGAUGAGCAACUGGGCAAUGCGGGCUUUGAUGAGAGUUGGUUGAAUAAUUUAAAUAGUUCUGGGACUUCUAACUUUCCUGCACCUGAAAAGAUGCUCUCUCUACCAGAGGGCCUCACUGGUAAACCAAAUGAUUUUCUAGUAGAGUCUACACCAGACAAAGAAGCACUUCCUGGCAGUGAUGGAGCUGGUGCUGGGAUCAAAAUCAUCUCAGGAAAAAAGCGUAGUUUCACAGAAAGUACUCUAACGGUGCAGAGUUUAAACUCAGUUGAAUCUUUUGGAAUGACUCGAUCCAAGAGAACUGCAGAGUCGAUUCCUGAUGAUGAUGAUUUGUUGUCUUCCAUUUUAGUAGGAAGAAGAUCUUCGGUUUUGAAAAUGAAGCCUACUCCACCUGUACCUGAAACAGUAUCCACAAAACAUCCCAGGUCUGCACCCAGGUCUACUGUCUUGAAGAGGAAAGUACUUAUGGAUGAUACGAUGGUGUUGCAUGGCGAUACUAUUCGUCAACAGUUGACAAAUACUGAAGACAUACGUCGUGUUAGAAAGAAAGCUCCUUGCACGCCUCCUGAGAUCUCGACUAUUCUUAGACAAUUCUUGGAAGAUAAAAUAUUUAGUGAGCCCAUUUUUACUGGUAUGUCUGCCGGAUUGAUAUUUUUGCAUAGUGAGACAUUUGAUCUGAGCAGAACCAAGGUUUCUGAAAAUGAUCAGGGUAAUGCUUCUUCAGAAGUAGCAAAGGAUAUGGAGUCUUCUGUUGGGCCAAAGGUUGCUGAAGAAAGUGAAAUGAAUGAGAGUACUGGACCUGUGGGAGUCAGAAGUGAUUUAGAAGCACAACCUGCUGACACUUCCAUUCACACUCUGACACAUCAGGUCAAAUUUUAUGACUUUGGAUCUCGUGAUAUUGAUUCUCAAGGUCAGAUAAAGGCAGUUUCUGAUGUACUGGGGCUUAAAAGUUCUCGAGAUGAACCCUUGGGGGAGAUAACUGAAAUGGGAAUUGAGAGAGGGAGUGACGAAGUUGCUGAAGCGGUAAAUUCCUCAAUUGAUCCUGUUUCUGGAGAUAUUUGCAAUGUGACAGCUGACUUGGCAGUGCAGCCAACUCUUGUUGAUAAAACCAAUGAUCCAUCUGCUUAUCUGCCAAAGGAUGUAUCAAGCAUGUCACCUAAUGAGAAAUUGGAUUCUCAAACUGUUGGGGGGGAUGCUUCUAUGGAGGAUAUAAGCAAUGGGAAAGCAGUUAAUUCCCUUGAAAUCAUACAAGGUGAUGUUGGAAUAGGAGCAGAUGUUCAGUCACAUUGUCUUAAACCUGCAGAUGGUGAUAAAGCUUCACUUGCAAGUGAAUGCAAUAUCCUAGGUUUUGAAAAUGGUACCCAAACUUUGGAGGAAACAGAGCAUAAUAAGAAUGAGGAUGUAGUCCUGCCUGCCGAGUUUGGUUGUGAGGAAAAAGACCCUCUUACUUGCAGUGGAGAAAUUAAAAUAGACUCUAUGGAUUCUGUAGAGCUUCAAUUGGAUGUGAGUAAUGCUUCUUUGAAUGAUAAAGAAAAUCUAAACUGUCUGGAGUCUGAUCCACAGAGUAUCAUGGAUGGAGAAAUUCCUGCCCUUGACCAUCCUGGUGUUGAAGAUCAUAGGGUUUUUGAAGAUGCCACAGUUGAUAAUGACACAGAAUUCCUGAAUGUAGAUGAUAAUGAGGUAACUGAAGAAUACGAUGAAAGUAUGCCAUGUUCUGAAGAAACUCGUCUUGUUGAGAACAGUGGAUGGUCUUCUCGCACCCGGGCUGUUGCCAAGUAUCUACAGACAUCAUUUGAUAAGCAAGCUGUACAGGGAAGAAAGGCCCUCACCAUGGACAAUCUAUUAGCUGGUAAAACUCGUAAGGAAGCAUCGAGGAUGUUUUUUGAGACGUUGGUUCUUAAGACAAGGGAUUACAUACACGUAGAGCAGGCAAAGCCCUUUGACAACGUAAAUAUAAAACCUCGAGUAAAGCUCAUGAAGUCGGAUUUCUGAUAUCUUACAUAGGGAAGGCAGAUACGGUUGAAAAGAACCAUGUAGUUUUAGUGUUAUGAUGCUCGGCAGGGAUGGGGGAUUUUUUCCUUGGUUAUAUUUUUUUCUCUUUGAUUAUGUAUUUUCAUCUAUAAUUUGUAGGUUAGGAAUUGUCUUUUGUUAGUCCAUGUAACUUGUAGUUUUAACAUCUGAUCGACGAUGUUGAUUCUAGCAAUAGCGUUGUAGUGUGAAUCAUAUUUAUAUGUAUAUAUCUGUAAAAUAUCACCAUUUGCAUUGAA